UUAUUAACUUACUAAUUUCAAAGUGAUUGUUGAAAUAUGAAUCAAUCACAACCUUCAACAAUGUCAACUACCGACAACAGGAGAGUUAUAAUUUCAGAACCACCUCAAUGUGACUUUUACACUAUUCCAAUUCAAACCGGGAAUCAAGUAAACUAUGGAUACACACAACGGAUUUAUGUGGAACCGAAUUUUGGAUGGUUUACAGAUUUUCUAAGAAAUAUACGACAAAGUGGUUCUUUGAUAUCAGCAUUUUUUAUUUUCAUUUCUGGUGGCUUCAGUGCGAUGUCGAGUAUUACUUAUGGGCUUAUAUUACCCGGAUCACAUGCUCAAAUUUGUUGGUUCAUUGGCAUCAUAAUUGGAUCUUGCAUAUCUGCUAUCUUGGUUAAUAAGGUCCCAAAGCGUUCAUUUUAUAUUGUUGCAUCAUUAUUUAUAAUGGCAAACGGAAUUCUAUACACCACAAAAAGAGGAAGCGUUUCAGCGACUAUUGCGGCUCGUUAUUUUAAUGGAAUCGCUAUUGGCUACACUCUGAUUCCAACUAUUUUGAAUGGAUCUGAACAAUCGGUGAAAAGAUUCAGAGGAAUGAAUCUUUGUGUUGAACAUAUUGGUCUCUCUGUUGGUGCUCUCCUGAGUUCAGUUGUUGGACAGAUUCAGCUAGAAGGAGUUUGUUCAUUAUUUUGUGGUAUACUGGCUUUUGGUUCUGCAGUUAUCUUAACCCUCGAAUCUCCAGUAUUUUAUUUGCGCAAAAAUAAAGAGUUUGAAGCAGUGCAUGUUUUACGCAGACUUCAGAGGCACAAGAUUAUCACGGAUGAAACUUACGUAUUGCUUGCUGAGAACAAGUCACUACUCGCAGAAGAUUUAAAUAGAGGAUUGUCAGUUAAUAUUCGUAGGAGCUGGAUACCAAUGAUAAAAAUGAUACUUUUCCGUUGCUUUGUUUCGAUGUCUUCAAUUCUUCCAAUGUUUCUCACGUUCUUCAUAGCUUAUGGAAAUGUUAUUGCACAAAGUAACAACUUCUCCUACACCUUUUAUUACAUGUUUCUAUUGAUGCCAUUGAUUGGAGGCCUGAUUUCAUGGUUUUCCUUGGACACUAUUGGACGCAGGAUACCAAGUGCAUUGGCAUUACUUAUAUGUGGUGUAAUAUUCUUUGUAAUUGCUAUGAGUGUUGAAAAAGCAAGAAUAUACUUUCUUCUCAUCUAUAAAUUACUAUCUGGUAUUAUUGCUCCAGCAAGUACUUGCUAUUUGAGUGAAGCCUUUUCAGUUUCUGUAAAACCUUUUUUCAUUUUGGUUGCAAUUGUCUCUGAAAACAUUCUUCAAAUUGUCACUUCAAAUUAUUUGAUAUCAGAAUUUUCAACAGAAACUUUUUGUUUUACUCUGAGUGCAUUGCACAUAAUUUAUGGAAUUCUUUUCUUUUGCAUUAUGCCAGAAACUAAGAAAACUACUUUGCGUGAUGCGUUCAAAAAGUUUCAACCAACAACAUAAAAUUUUUUUGUUAUUUUUUAGUUGUUAAU